AUGUUGGCCACACGACAAUUCCUCCCCGCUGUCCAGCGGCGAGCAGUCGCGCAGCUGGGCGUCCGCCGGAUGGCCACUGUGAGCGAUAACCCGCUCGACAGGAAGGUCCACCAGAACAUCCACGAGGCCAAUAACUUCAUCAACUACAAGAAGAUGUCCGAGAACCUGGCCAUUGUGCGCCAGCGACUCAACCGCCCGCUCACCUUCGCCGAGAAGAUCCUCUACUCCCAUCUCGACGACCCGCACGGCCAGGAGAUCGAGCGUGGUGUCUCGUACCUCAAGCUCCGUCCGGACCGAGUGGCCUGUCAGGAUGCCACCGCCCAGAUGGCCCUCCUCCAGUUCAUGUCCGCCGGCAUGCCCUCCGUCGCCAACCCCACCACCGUACACUGCGAUCAUUUGAUUGAGGCCCAGGUCGGCGGCGCCAAGGAUCUGGCCAGAGCAGAGGAGAUCAACAAGGAGGUCUAUGACUUCCUCGCGACGUCGUGUGCGAAAUACGACAUUGGUUUCUGGAAGCCAGGAUCCGGCAUUAUCCAUCAGAUCCUCCUCGAGAACUACGCAUUCCCCGGUGGGCUGCUGAUCGGUACCGACUCUCACACUCCCAACGCCGGCGGUCUGGGCAUGUGUGCGAUCGGUGUCGGUGGAGCGGAUGCCGUGGAUGUCAUGGCAAACCUUCCCUGGGAGUUGAAGGCACCAAAGGUGAUCGGUGUCAAGCUUACCGGUCAAUUGUCCGGCUGGACCGCGCCAAAGGAUAUUAUUCUCAAGGUUGCUGGCAUUCUUACCGUGAAGGGUGGAACUGGUGCCAUUGUGGAAUAUCAUGGCCCAGGAACUGAUACUCUGUCGGCUACUGGUAUGGGCACGAUCUGUAACAUGGGUGCCGAGAUUGGUGCUACUACGUCUCUCUUCCCCUUCAAUGACCGCAUGCACGACUUCCUUGCUGCCACCAAGCGCAAGGAUAUCGGCGACUUUGCUCGAGCCUACGCCAAGGACCUCAGAGAGGACGAGGGCGCCGAGUAUGACCAGCUCAUCGAGCUCAACCUUUCCGAAUUGGAGCCCCACAUCAACGGUCCCUUCACUCCGGAUCUUGCUACUCCCAUCUCCAAGUUCAGCGCCGCCACAAAGGCAAACAACUGGCCCGAGGAGCUCAAGGUCGGUCUGAUCGGCUCUUGCACAAACUCAUCGUACGAGGACAUGUCCCGCGCUGCCUCAAUUGCUCGCGAUGCUCUGAACCACGGCCUCAAGGCCAAGUCCCUGUUCACCGUCACCCCCGGUUCCGAGCAGGUUCGCGCUACCAUUGAGCGUGAUGGCCAGCUUGCCACGCUUGAGGAGUUCGGCGGAUUGGUCCUUGCCAACGCUUGCGGUCCCUGCAUUGGUCAAUGGGAUCGUAAGGACGUGAAGAAGGGCGAGGCCAACUCCAUCAUCUCAUCCUACAACCGUAACUUCACUGGACGUAACGAUGCCAACCCUGCCACCCACGCCUUUGUCACCUCCCCAGAUCUUGUCGUGGCCAUGACCAUUGCAGGCAGCCUGCACUUCAACCCUCUCACCGAUAAAUUAACUGGCGCUGAUGGCAAGGAGUUCCUCCUCCAGCCACCAACGGGUGCUGGAUUGCCCAGCAAGGGCUAUGACCCAGGAGCGAACACAUACCAAGCUCCUCCUGCGGAUCGCUCUGCCGUGAGCGUCGCCGUCUCGCCGACCAGCGACCGCUUGCAGCUUCUCGAGCCGUUCAAGCCGUGGAAUGGAAAGGACGCCGACGACAUCCCAAUCCUCAUCAAGGCGCAGGGCAAGACCACCACUGACCACAUCUCCAUGGCUGGACCUUGGCUCAAGUACCGUGGCCACUUGGACAACAUCUCCAACAACAUGUUGAUCGGUGCCAUUAACGAGGCUAACGGAGAGGCCAACAAGGUCAAGAACUUCACCACUGGUGAAUGGGAUGCUGUCCCCGCCACCGCUAGAGACUACAAGAAGAAGGGCAUCCCAUGGGUUGUCAUUGGAGACUGGAACUACGGCGAGGGAAGCUCCAGAGAGCACGCCGCUCUUGAGCCCAGACAUCUUGGUGGUCUUGCCAUCAUCACCCGCAGCUUUGCCCGUAUUCACGAGACCAACUUGAAGAAGCAGGGCAUGCUUCCUUUGACUUUCAUUAACCCAGAAGACUAUGACAAGAUCAGACCUGACGACAAGGUUGAUCUCAAGUGCACUGAACUUGCUGUUGGCAAGCCAUUCACCAUGGUUGUCCACCCCAAGAACGGCGAAGCUUUCGAAGUCAAGCUCGCACACACCUACAACGCUCCUCAAAUCGAAUGGUUCAAGAAUGGAAGCGCAUUGAACACCAUGGCCAAGGCCAACAAAGCAUAA